AUGUUGAACUUAACACGGCAGUUUCUCGUGCAUUUGACAGCGAAAGCUUUUAAAACUUAUAAUUACGAGCCAGUGAACGCGGAAAAGCGAAUACUUCAGUUAAGAGUUCAACGUCAAAAUGUUGUUAUGAUAAAUCGAUUUCAUAUUUGUUGUUAUUCAUCAAUCGUUUUGGUAUGCCAACCAACAUUGAACGUGAUUGCAAUAACAUAA